UGAACCCAAACAAAACCACUUGCACCACAGACAUCUGCUGACCAUGUCGUUUGCGCCAAGCUUUGAACACCUGCAGAGGCGCGACAAGCAUUGAACACCGCCCAAAGAUCAAGGAAGAAGGGUGUUUUCAUGUGAUGGGGCUGAAGCCUUUUGUAUGUAAACACACACCAUUUGUACACCAAGGAGGCCAUGAUGGCGCUCUGGCGCUGUGCCAGAGCAUUGUGUCCAAGAGUCCGAUUGCGACUCUUGGGAUCAAAGAGUUCUUGAACUAUAGGAGGGAUAACUCGGUGAAGGAUAGCUUGGAAUAUGCCAUUACUUGGAACAUGAGCAUGCUACAAGGGAGUGAUUUGGCCAUUGCAACUGUGUCAAUAGUACAAAAAUGUUUGCCUGAGUAUGAGAACUUGCCUGGAACGCAGCCGUCUAAGCUGUCUAAGCUAAGCUUUAGCACCAGGCCUUAAUCUUUGCAUCUUCGCACUGUUUCACCUCUUCUCGAGGAGCAUUCAGUGGCAGGGAAAAAGACCCAAAGCGCUACAGACAUUGCGAAGUUUUGCAGCUUAUUGAUGAUGCAUGCCAAGUCUUGAGGCUAAGCAGUGACCGUGCCCAGAAGCUUCUACCUC